AUGGCGGAAGGGACGCGCGCAACACUGAAAGUUCUAUUUGAGGAAUCUCAAAGGCAGCAGGGAAUGAUGCAGCAGCAGCUCGAACAGAAUCAACAAGCAAUUUCUGGAAUCACUGAAAGGUUAGAACAAGUUUCAGAUCUGUUGAAAUCUGUAGUUGAUUCUGUAAAUGUUAUGUCUCGUAGAGAUAGAGAAGUGUCUAAUGAUACUAGGAAUCAUGAGGAGCGAGGAGUUUUUCAGAGAAAUAUUAGGUUGGACUUUCCACACUUUAGUGGCAGUGAUCCAGCAGGGUGGACCUUUAAGGCCAAUCAAUACUUUGAUUGUUUUCAAGUACCUUUUCAUCAGAAAUUAAUGGUGGCUUCGCACCAUAUGGAAGGUGAGGCAUUGGUGUGGUACCAAAGUGCCUUUGAAUCAGGUCAGUUUAAUUCAUGGGAGACCUUAGUGGUAGCAAUGCAAGGAAGGUUCGGACCUUCAGCGUUUGAUGAUCCAAUGGAGGCCUUAACCAGAUUAAGACAAACUACUUCUGUUAGUUUGUAUACAUCACAAUUUGAGGCCUUGUCCAAUAGGCUCAAAGGCUUGUCUGACAGACAUAAGAUGAGCUGCUUUAUUAAUGGACUCAAGGAUGACAUUCGAAUACCUGUCAAGAUGUUUAAUCCACUGAACCUUGGAGCUGCAUUCAGCCUGGCUAAGCUGCAAGAGGAACAUGUGCUAUCCUCAAGAAAGCCUUGGAGACAAAAUAGCCAUUUUGCUGAGAAAUGGUCUCUUAAUAGUGUGGGAAUGACUGAUCUCGCCAAUAAUGCUCCAAAGAAUGUGUUUCCUAUGAGAAAGGUGAAUUCAUCUCAUAUGGAUGAAAAGAGGAAAAAAGGCCUAUGUUUCCACUGUGAGGAAAAGUGGAAUCCUAAUCAUGUAUGUAAAAAUCCGAGGGUUUAUUUCUUGCAUGGGGAACCUAGUGAUAUGCAAGAGGUAAGUGAUCAUGAGGAUGAAGUGGUGCCUCAAUCUCUACAGAGCUCUAAAGAACUGGUUCUAAAGGGGGUGGAGGAACUUGAAGUCUCGAUUCAUGCCAUUUCUGGUUGCAUCAACAGUAAUGCCAUGAAGCUCCUGGGUUCCAUAGGCUCAUUUUCUAUUGAGAUCCUUGUAGACUCAGGAAGUACUCACAACUUCCUAGACCCUUUGGUGGUAGAAGCAGCUAAGUUGCGGGUAAGGGAAGAUGGAGCCCUUCAGGUGAAAGUAGCUGAUGGUACUAGCAUAGUCAGCCAAGGCAAAUGUGAGGAAAUGAUUAAGGUCCAAGGAACUAAGUUUCUAGUUCCUUUCCAUGUUCUGACUCUUGGAGGCUGUGACAUUGUUUUAGGGGUUCAAUGGCUUAAAACAUUGGGUCCUAUUCAAUGGGAUUUUACAAAUAUGUCUAUGCAGUUUGAGAUUGCUGGUCAGAAACUGUUUUUGCAGGGGUUGUUGUCUGAACAGGUUCAGCAAGGUUGGCUUCUGCAACUUGUAGCAGUUCAGCCCAAGUUGGAGCCAACACAGACUCUACCAGCAGUUGAAGAGAUAGUAAACCAGUUUCAGUCUGUUUUUGAGGAACCAGUUGGGUUGCCUCCUCCUCGAGCCUUUGACCAUCGAAUUAUCUUGAAGGAAGGAACUCCUCCAAUUUCUGUGAGACCUUACAGGUACCCCCAUUACCAAAAAACAGAAAUAGAAAAAAUUGUUAAAGAUUUGUUGUUAAAUGGGGUGAUUCGACCAAGCCAAAGUCCAUUUUCUUCACCUGUUCUCUUGGUAAAGAAAGCUGAUGGCACAUGGAGAAUGUGCAUGGACUAUAGAGCUCUCAAUCAAGAAACUGUUAAGGACAAGUUUCCAAUCCCUGUCAUAGAUGAGCUCUUGGAUGAGUUGUAUGGGGCAAGGUAUUUUUCUAAACUUGAUUUAAGAUCAGGUUAUCACCAAAUACGACAGCAGACUUUAUUUGCCAAGAAGUCUAAGUGUAAGUUUGGGGUUAUGGAAGUUGACUACUUAGGCCAUAUAAUUUCUGCAGAAGGUGUAAGAGCAGACCCUACCAAAAUUUCAGCCAUGCUAGAGUGGCCUGUUCCUAAAACAGUGAAGGCCUUGCGAGGGUUUUUGGGCUUAACUGGUUAUUAUAGGAAAUUUAUCAAAGGUUAUGGUUCAAUAGCUGCCCCAUUGACCAUGUUAUUGAAGAAGAAUUCCUUUGUAUGGUGUCAAGAGGCCGAGAAGGCUUUUUUGCAACUUAAGCAUGCUGUAGCUCACCCUCCAGUCUUGAAGCUGCCAGAUUUCUCUCAAGCAUUUCUCAUUGAAUGUGAUGCUUCUGGAGUGGGGUUGGGAGCUGUGUUGAUGCAAAACAACCAGCCCAUAGCCUAUUUUAGUAAGGCUCUCAAGGGUAAAGCUCUCCUCUUAUCAACCUAUGAAAAAGAGCUUCUAGCCCUUGUAAGUGUAGUUGGGAAAUGGAGGCCUUACUUGCUUGGUCAGCCUUUUAAGAUUAAAACUGACCAGCAAGCUUUGAAGCACUUGUUGGAGCAGAAGGUAGCCACAGAAGCACAACACAAAUGGAUCUCUAAGCUCAUGGGAUACGAUUUUCAAAUUGAGUACAAAAGAGGUAAAGAUAACAAGGUAGCUGAUGCACUUUCGAGAAAGAUGGAAGAGGAUUCUGCUGUUUUAGCACUCAUUUCAUUCCCUACUCCUGUUUGGAUUACUGAACUGAAGCACAGUUACUCAAAAUCACCCCACAUUCUUCAGACCAUUACGGCUCUAGAGAAAGGGGAACAAGUUCCAAAAGCAUUCUCCUUGCAACAAGGUCUUUUACUCAGAAAAGGCAGACUGAUGAUUGUUCCUGGUUCAUCAUUCCAGAAGAAGGUAUUGCAAUACAUCCAUUACAGCCCAGUGGCAGGCCAUGUGGGCUACCAUAAAACCUUGCACAGAGCUAGAAUGGAUUUUUUUUGGCCUGGCAUGAGGAGGGAUAUCAGGAAAUUAGUUAAGGAGUGUCAAGUUUGUCAAGUUAACAAGUCAGAAAAUGUGCUGCCAGCAGGUUUACUUCAACCCUUGCCCAUUCCUCAGAACCCUUGGCUUGAUAUUGCCAUGGAUUUUAUUGAGGGCCUCCCAAGUUCUAAUGGAAGCACUGUUAUUCUAACAGUGGUGGAUAGAUUGACCAAGUUUGGUCAUUUCUUUUCCUUAGCUCAUCCAUACACUGCAGCUAAGGUGGCAGAGAUAUUUUUUUCUGGAGUUUUCAAGCUUCAUGGGUUACCUAAAACAAUUGUCUCCGAUCGUGAUGUGGUGUUCACAAGUUUGUUUUGGCAUGAACUCUUCAAGAUGCAGGGCACAACCUUGACUAUGAGCUCAGCUUACCAUCCUCAAUCUGAUGGUCAAGCUGAAGCUUUGAACAAGGCUGUUGAAGCUUACUUAAGGGCUUAUAGUGCUUCUAAGCCCAAGAGUUGGACUACUUGGCUUCCUAUGGCUGAAUGGCAUUACAAUACCUCGGUGCAUACCUCUACAGGAAUUUCUCCAUUUCAAGCCUUGUAUGGAAUGCCUCCACCAAGAUUACUGUCUUAUGUAGCUGGUACCACUACCAAUGAAGCAGUAGAUCAACACUUGAGAAAUCGUGAGCAAGUCUUAUCCUUGUUGAAAGAGAACUUAAGCAAAGCUCAGAAUAGAAUGAAGAUCUAUGCUGACAAGGGGAGAUCCGAGAGAUCUUUUGUGGAGGGUGAUUGGGUGUUUCUCAAACUUCAACCUUAUAGACAAAAAUCAGUAGCCAUGAGACAUAACAUGAAGCUUGCUCCUCGAUAUUAUGGUCCCUUUCAAGUCAUUCAGAAAAUUGGGACAGUUGCUUACAAGUUGAGUCUGCCUCCUACAUCCAAAAUUCAUCCCGUUUUCCAUGUUUCUUGCCUUAAAAAGAAACUAGGGGAUCAAAUUACCCCUUUACCAACCUUGCCUCCAAUUGAUGGAGAAGGGGCUGUCCAACCUGAGCCUGAACAGAUUCUGGCACGGCGUAUGAAGAAGUUAGCAGGUCGUGCUGUCACUGAAGUCUUGAUCAAAUGGGUGGGAGCUGCUGUGGAGGAUAAUUCUUGGGAACUGCUAUACAAGUUAAGCUGUAGUGUUCUUGCGAAGGAGAUACAUUACAAUAAAUUUAAGGAGAACGAAAGUUGGAAGUCAAUAAAUGAUGGCAUUGCAUUUCAAGAGGCUGGAAUUGAACUCAAGAAGGCAAAGAAAUUUCAAGACUCUCAAAAAAGGCCGAAUGAAGAUGGCAAGUCCAAACUUUGUGGAAUCAAAUUCGAGAUGAUAAAGAAAUUUAUUCGCCUACCUUUUCUGAAUCAGAUUGAAAAGUGGAACUCAAUUCCUCAAGGCACAAAGUUUAAAGAGGCCGAAAUCGAAUUCAAGAAGGCAAAAAAAUAUACGGAUACAAAAAAUAUGAUAAGGCCAAGACCUAAUGCAACAGAGCUUAAAGAGGGUGGAGUCAAAUUCAUGAAGGCAAAGCAACGUACCACCUUUACCAAGUUUAGCAAUGGGGUCUUGGAAAUUUCGCCUUUGAGAAUAGAUGACCUAACUGAAACUUUUUUGCGAAAUCUAGUUGCAUUUGAGCAAUAUAGUCCAUACAAUGAUUCGAGGUACGUCAGCAACUAUGUGUGCUUCAUGGAUGAUCUCAUUGACUCUCCAAAGGAUGUUGAAAUACUCCGUCGGAAAGGAAUCAUUGAAAAUUGGUUGGGUGAUGAUGAAGUUGCUUCCACCAUGGUUAACAAGCUUGGUUACCAUGUCGAAUUUUCACCCAGCAACUCCCUUUAUGCUAAAACUUCCAUCGAUAUGAACAAGCACUGCGCCAAACACUGGAAUGAAUGGAUGGCAAAUUUGAGGCACAAUUAUUUCAAUAGUCCUUGGGCUUUACUUUCAGUUUUGGCGGCUAUUUUAUUGCUCGGACUUGCAAUUACACAAACCGUGUUUUCUAUUAUUAAUUAG